GAAAACAACCCGCUUCUCGGCCCUCCUGCCACCCUUCUCCCCCUCUCCAUUUCUUUCCGCUUUAGCGAAAGUCCUCCCUCCCUGUCCUGCCCGCCCAAACCCUAACCCCCCGGUCCCAGAGAUCGUCGCCGAGGGAUCAAGAACCAGCCAUGGCUGAGGGCUUCGAGGACAAAUUGGCCUAUUUUCAGGCCAUCACCGGCCUCGACGACCCCGAUCUCUGCGCCGAGAUCCUUUCCGCCCACAACUGGGAUCUCGAGCUCGCCAUCUCCGCCUUCACCUCCUCCUCCAAUCCCUCUUCCUCCACCAAUCCCGCCGCCUCCGCUGCUGACGUCGAUGGUGGCGGUGGUUCCAAUCCGGCCGAGUCCUCUCUCGCUCGCCAAGAUUCCGGCAACCCCGCUGCGCCCGGCCUCGCCUGGAAGCUCAUCACCCUCCCCUUCUACGUCGUCUCAGGCGGCAUCGGCCUCAUUACCGGCGCCGUCGGCAUCGGCGUCUGGAUCGCCGGUGGCGUCCUCUCCCGCUCGCUUAACCUUCUCGGCCUCGCCGCACCACGCGGAGCCGACGCCGACCGGCUGAUCCCCGUCUCGGCGUCUACUGCCGAGGCCGUGGACUUCGUCGCGGCCUUCGAGAGGGACUUUGGAGGGGCCGGCGCUGGGAUCCGAUUCGUGGCGGAGGGGUUCAUGGACGCGCUUCAGCGGUCCCAGCGGGAGUACAAGCUUUUGUUCGUGUACCUGCAUUCGCCGGACCAUCCGGACGUGCCGACCUUCUGCUCGGGAAGCCUCUGUUUGGCUCCAGUGGCAGCGUUUGUGAACGAGAACUUUGUGGCUUGGGGCGGGAGCAUAAGGAGGACAGAAGGGUUCAAGAUGAGCAACAGCCUCAAGGCAUCUCGGUUCCCCUUCUGUGCCGUGGUCAUGGCCUCUACCAACCAGCGCAUUGUUCUCCUCCAGCAGAUUGAGGGACCCAAGUCUUCUGAAGAAAUGCUUGCAAUCCUUCAACGGGUGAUAGAAGAGUGUACACCAUCUCUAGUUGCAGCAAGGCUUGAGGCGGAAGAACGGAGAAACAACCAGCGCCUGAGAGAAGAGCAAGAUGCUGCAUAUAGAGCUGCGCUUGAAGCUGAUCAAGCUAGAGAGCGUCAGAGGAAAGAAGAACAAGAGAGGUUGGAGAGAGAAGCAGCAGAGGCUGAGAAGAAGCACAAGGAGGAAGAAGAGGCUAGGGAAAGAGCAGCUCGUGAAGCUGCUGAGAAAGAAGCUGCACUAGCUAGACGGCGGCAAGAGAAAGCGAUGUCACUUGGCGUUGAACCUGAAAAAGGGCCGGAUGUUACACAAGUUCUUGUCCGAUUUCCUACUGGAGAGCGCAAGGAAAGGAGGUUCCACAGUUCAGUUACGAUCAGCUCCCUCUACGACUAUGUUGAUUCUUUGGAUUGCUUAAAAGCUGAGAGAUACAGCCUGGUUUCAAACUUCCCACGCGUCUCCUAUGGUCCAGAAAAGCAUUCGCUGACGUUAAAAGAAGCAGGUUUGCAUCCACAAGCAAGCCUGUUUGUUGAAGUGGACUCAUGAUCUGCAUUAGGAGGGGAUGAGGUCCGGGUGGUUAAACCUGAAGUUUUAUGCUCACUGUAGAUAUUCCUUUUACUUCCUUUUAAUACAAGGAAAGUAGAGGAAAGUACUUCACUGUGUGAACAUUCCCUGAUAUACUGUCCUCUGUAACUUUAGGUUAUCUUGUCGAUCCAUUAAUAAUCCUUAUGAAGAUUUCAAUUCACCGUUUUUCCGUCUUGUGCAAUAAAGUGACUUUGGAAUGCAUAGGAU